AACCUGAAUGGAGGGAAGUACGGGAAGGGAGUGAUCACGAGAAAAUACCCGAAGAACUCCAUCGUGAAGAUCCAGGUCGAACUCACGGCCAAUCACAUGGGCUUUUUCGAGUUCCGACUCUGCCCCAACAACAAUCCCAAGAGGGACCCGAGCCAGAAGUGCCUGGACAAGUACGUGUUACAACAGGCGGACGGCAGCGGGGAGCGGUAUUACCCAGGACCGGGGAACGGGGUCUUCACCGUGCGGUAUCUCCUCCCGAAGGACGUGUUGUGCAGUCAAUGCGUGCUGCAAUGGCGAUACGUGGCGGGGAACAACUGGGGCAUGUGUCGGAACGGGACGGGAGCCCUGGGAUGCGGACCCCAGGAAGAAUUCCGAGCCUGCUCCGACGUCGCGAUCGAGGGCGAGGGCGAGAUCACUCACGAGGACGAACCCGACGAGUACGACAACGAGAUCGGGCCCGGAGAAUCGGGCGGAUCGGGAACGGAAACGGUGGGAGACGACGACCGGUCGACGGUGGGCCAGACGGUGGCCCUCGUCGCGGCCUUCGUCCUCACCACUCUGCUCCUCCUCGCCGCGAUCCUUUACUUCUACCUCGGACUGGGGACGAGAGCGAAGGAGUUCCUCGCCGCGCACCGCCCGCGCCUCUCGCGCUCAGGGAAGAAGAAGCCCCGACCUCAGAAGUGGGGUGCGAACGGAGGUCACAUCACCAUCUCGGGCCCCGUGUUGAACUCGUGCACCUCGCAGCACGUUCACGUCGUCCCGGCGCCCACGCGGCCGCCGAGACAUCGAUCUCCCAAGAAGGUCUCGCCGGGGAUCUCGCUGCCGGACGAGACUUACAUCACCGUGAACGGAGUCGCCCUCCCCGACUGAGGGAGGUCGGCGCGACGACGAGCGAAUCUCGUCCUGUGAUCCUCGGAACGUUCGCGUGGCUGCUGCACCUGCAAUAUGUGAUUCCGCGUCUGUAUAGUACCUUUCGACGUAUCUUAUUUGUACAGGACCUCAUCCCCGCACCCCUAUCUUAGGAGUUACCUGACGUUCGAUCGAGUCCAGACACCAAAGGUCACCAGCAUGGACCCCAUCGUUUCAUCAUCUCAUCUGAAUAAAGACGCUAUCGAAAUCGUUGUGAAA